AUGGAGAAACAAGAACAUAAAUUAGCUAAUCAAAUAGCCUUAAUCCCAAGUCCAGGAUUAGGGCAUCUAAUUCCAUUCAUAGAAUUUGCUAAACUCUUAAUCGCCAACUUUAACCUCUCCAUUACUCUUCUUCUUCCAAGUAGGGCCCAUGAUCAGCCCAAUGAGGCCCAAAUUUCCUUACUUGCUUCUCUCCCAAAUGGCAUUAAUUAUGUCAAUCUCCCCCCAAUAGACUUAUCUCAUUUAUCGACUGACGAUCUCGAUGUCGUAAUCUCUCUCGUCGUCCUUAACUCCGUCUCGGCCAUCCGAGACUCUCUCGCCUCGCUCCCUCGAGUCGUCGCGGUCGUUACCGAUCUUUUCGGUACGCCGGUGUUUAACGUGGCGAGGGAGUUAGGUAUUUUACCCUACAUGUAUUUUACUACAAAUGCUAUGAAUUUACUCUUUACUUUUAAUUUAAAUAAGUUGCAUGAAACGGUGUCGUGUAACUUUUGCGACAUGGUUGACCCCGUUGUUUUACCCGGGUGUGUACCAAUUUAUGGUAGAGAUUUUGAAGAUGCCUUACAAGAUCGUAAUAGUGAGGGUUAUUUUUGGAUUUUUUAUCAUCUUAAAAGGUACGGAUUGGCUGAGGGUAUAUUUAUUAAUACUUUUAUGGAUCUUGAACCAGGGGCUAUACAAACUUUACAAACCGAGGAUCCAAAUAGGCCCUCGGUUUAUCCAAUUGGUCCAAUAGUGAGAUCAAGUUUGGGUUCUAAGGUUUAUGGGUCGAAUUGUUUGACUUGGUUGGAUCGACAACCAUACAAGUCGGUUAUAUUUGUUUCGUUUGGAAGUGGAGGGACUUUGACUUCUAACCAACUUCAUGAGUUAGCAAUAGGGUUAGAAAAGAGCGAGGUAAGAUUUUUGUGGGUAAUUAGACGUCCAAAUGAUGAAUCAUCUUUCGGAUCGUACUAUAAUAAUCACGAUCAAGAUGACAUUUUUAAUUUCUUGCCUAAAGGGUUUGCUGAAAGGACCAAGGAUCGUGGACUUUUAGUCAUGUCAUGGGCACCACAAAUUGACGUACUAAGUCAUAAGUCAACAUUCGGAUUUUUAACUCAUUGUGGCUGGAACUCGAUUUUAGAAAGUAUCGUACAUGCAGUGCCUUUAAUAGCAUGGCCGCUUUAUGCGGAACAGAAAAUGAAUGCAAUUAUACUCAAUGAAGGAUUGAAGGUGGCUUUAAGACCAAAAUCUAAUGAGCAUGGUAUUGUUGAAGCCGAUCAUGUUACUAAUGUGAUCAAAGAGUUAAUGUUUGGCGAAGACGGAAAGAGGGUUCGCAUAGAAAUUAAUAAAUUGAGUGAAUCUGCUAAAAAAGCUAUUUCUAAUGUUGGGGAUUCUACAAAAUCUCUUAUUUCUGUUGCUACCAAAUGGACGUCAAGCAAAUUUUAG